AUGACUGGCUACACGCCCUUGACGAUCGAUCGUCAGACCUCCACAGUUCGGAAGACGACAACCAUGCUCGAGAUUCUGGUGGUAACCUCGUGCUUCCUUCCCCUAGCGUAUUUUGUCACCACAAGACUCUGGCAGCCCGGAAGUUGGGCGCAAGUCUCGAAUGCCAUGCGCACCUUGCAGGGCUGGCAAGGCCCGGAGCUCAAAGAUUCGAGAUCUGAGAACACCAUGCAGCAGCUGCGCCGUAAGCGGGAGCAGUAUUUAAAGGAGACUUUGGCCUUGUGGUCACUGUCAGCAGAACUGACCAUGUUGUCGACGUUCCUGGGCAUGAACUACUUCUCAUUUGGGACGCUGGCACAGCUUCCCUGCUUCGUCACGUUGGGUCUGGGCAACUGGAUGUUUCGAGAAUUCAUGAAGGCUGAGGUGGAGCUGACUCAAACAAGGAUGCGGUUCUUCACUGCUGCCAUGAGCCUUGCACAUGUGGCAAUGGUUCCCGCAGUCCCACUGGAGGCCGUGCCGGCCGUGUAUGCCUCCCGCAUACUGACCUGUAUAUCGACGACCGAAAGUUCGUUGGCGAUCUGGAUGAAUGUUGCUCUCGCUCCUCUGUUUGUUGCCGUGCAACUCAGCAUGAUCCAGGAUACAAACACUGCCUACAUUCACCAACUCGUGUGGCGUGUUAUCAAUGAGAUGGCCGCGGUUGGUGUCAUUUUUGCGGCAAUUUCCACACUGAACAGCAAGGAAUACCAGCUCGAGGUUGCUGCAAUCCAGCUGGAGGCGAAGGUGGAAGAAGUUGAAGAGGCAGAGCGGUCCGGAGCAGCCGCGCAGCGUCUCCUCUCUGUGACCUGCGACUCAUUUCUUCGCCUCACGCACGAUCUCAAGAUCCUUCAACCAUCUGCAAGUCUCUCAGAUCUGUUGAUGUGCGACUUCGGCACUUCGGGGAAGAGGAGCUUGGAAGGAGUGUCCUUCACGCGGUAUGUGGUGCCACAGGAGCAGCAGCGGCUGGAGGACUUCCUCUCGGAAUCCUCGAAAGGCAGCACCCCUGCGAGGUCGCUGCAUCUACAGCUGAAGGAUUCGAGCGGCAUCCCCUUCAAUGCAGAGCUCUUCCAUGUCUCGGUGCCAAGCCUGACAUCCGAGCAGCCGGAGCAUCUCAUCGGCCUGAACCAGGAGGUGCGGGAGCGAACGUAUCAACAUGAAACGCCUUCGGAGAACCCGGCCCAGUUGGCAGCAG